GACUGUUUCACCAGAUUGUUGAAACUUCUCGCCGCAGUUAAAUAAUAAUAGGGAAGAUCUAUUGAAUAUAUUCAUAGCCAGGUUACAGAGAGAUUAAUCUUUUCCUCGCAAUUUGUGCUCCCCUCAUGUGCUGAUAUUAUUAUACAUUAUUAUUACUGUGUGAUGAUAUUAUCGUUAAAAUGCAACAAAUUCAGUUACAAUUGAGUCUUUCAAGUUAAUUGUAUCACUCAAUGCCUAUUAAACAGUGAAAAGUUGACUUAUUUUCAUACCAAAGCAAAUAUGAAUACAGUUAAUCCAUUAAAGCGUCCAUUAACAGUGCCAAUUGACCCUUUGAAAUUGUUGGUUUGCAAAAUUUGUGAUAAAGGUGAUGUUCUGAGUCUGAAAACUUGUGGAUGCCUUUUCUGUGACUCUUGUGACGGUGAUUCUCGAGAUAUAUGUAUUUCAUGCAAUUCCGCGGUCGAUCCAAAUAUAAAGUUGUCAUUCACAAAGAAUCCAAGAUGCAAGUUUUAUCAACUCAACCAGUGCUUUAGUAAUGCUGAAUACAAGUGUAAAUGUAUUCCUAACUGUUUAGUCUGUAGUUCGUGCCUUACUUACAUUCACAGUAAAAGGUUAAUCGAAUCUUGUGUUCCUGAAAUUUUGAAACCCAAAGUUACCACCAAUCAUGAACCAUGUGAAUUGUGUAAAGAAUUUAUUGCUGAAUUUAUAAUGACUUCGGAACCGCAUUCAAAAAUUUGCUUCGCUUGUAAAGCGAAAAUUACUAUUCCCUUGGAAAAAAUUGUUCAUGAAGAUCCAGAUUGGAAUCAGUUUUAUAAAGAGUAUGAACUAAAUGUGUCGGACAAGAUUAAAAUAAGUGAAACUUUUUUGGCAUCAAGCAGUAAUACUGAACAAGCUAUAAAAAAUGCAAGAAUGCUUUAUAUGAAAAACUAA